AUGAGCCUAUAUAAACGCGGCCUGCACCCUGCAUGUGCGUUACUAGAUACACCUCCACUACACUGGAUUCAAACCCACGCCUCCAAGGGAGAGAGUGCACCUCUCAACCAGCGAGAGUGCACCGCGCUACCAGCGAGACUGCCCCAUGCUACAAGAGCCCCCGAGAGAGAGCCCAGCGUCACCAGAGCCCAGUACUGCCAGAGCCUCCGAGAGCCCAGUACUGCCAGAGCCUGUGAGAGAGAGCACAGCGUUGUCAGAGCCCCCGAGAGAGAGCACAGUACUGCCAGAGCCUCCGAGAGAGAGCACAGUACUGCCAGAGCCUCCGAGAGAGAGCACAGUACUGCCAGAGCCUCCGAGAGAGAACCCAGUACUGCCAGGGCCUCAGAGAGAGAGCCCAGUACUGCCAGAGCCCCCGAGAGAGAGACCAGUACUGCCAGAGUCUCCGAGGGAGAGCCCAGUACUGCCAGAGCCUCAGAGAGAGAGAGCCCAGCAUCGCAAGAGCUCCCGAGAGAGAACCCUGCAUCACCAGGGCCCCUGAAAGAGCCCAGCAUUGCCAGAGCCCCUGAGAGAGAGCGCAGCGUCGCCAGAGCCCCCGAGAGAGAGCGCCGCAUCGCCAGAGCCCCCGAGAGAGAGCCCAGUGUUGCCAGAGCCCCCGAGAGACAGCGUCGCUUCACCAGAGCCCCUGAGAGAGCCCAGCAUCGCCAGAGCCCCCUCAAGAGAGCAUCGCAUCGCCAGAACAUCCAAGAGAGCCCAUCAUCACCAGAGCCCCUGAGAGAGUCCAGUAUUGCCAGAGACCCCAGAGAGAGAGCCCCUCACUGCCAGAGCCCCCGAGAGAGAGCCCAGUAUUGCCAGAGACCCCAAGAGAGAGCCCCGUACUGCCAGAGCCCCAGAGAGAGAGCCUAG